AAUGAGAUCUGUGAUUUCGCCUAGAGACAUCUCUGUCUGCACUAAGAAGCCAAAGUAAAUUAAAGAACAACUAGCAUGCUGAAGAGCAGAGGGAGACGAGCCGCCGUUCCUGCCUCCGCCAGCAGAGGGAGCCGGCCGCCGUUCCCGCCUCCGCCAGCAGAGGGAGCUGGGCCGCCGUUCCCGCCUCCGCCAGCAGAGGGAGCCGGGCCGCCGUUCCCGCCUCCGCCAGCAGAGGGAGCCGGGCCGCCGUUCCUGCCUCCGCCAGCAGAGGGAGCCGGGCCGCCGUUCCCGCCUCCGCCAGCAGAGGGAGCCGGGCCGCCGUUCCCGCCUCCGCCAGCAGAGGGAGCCGGGCCGCCGUUCCCGUCUCCGCUUCCCGAGGGUCCGCUGCUGCUGCCGUCGCUUCCCGAGGGUCCGCUGCUGCUGCCGUCGCUUCCCGAGGGUCCUCUGCUGCUGCCGUCGCCUGGGGUUGUCAGGGAUCCUGCUUCGCCUGGGGUCGCUACACUAUGGCCGGAGCCCCACGGAGGGGAGUUGCUGGCCAUGAAGAAGGGGAGGGAGGUCAGGAGACCAGCUCCCCCAGCGGCACUUUCGCGGCAAGAUAGUGUGUGGCCGGAGCCCCGGAAGAGGGAGCUGCUGGCCACGAAGAAUUGGGUGGUGCCGGACGUCCCACCAUGGCCACCCCCAUGGACACUGUGCUUCCCCCUCUUCCGGGACUGAGACUGAGGGGGGAGGUGGCCAUUUAGGCCAUGUUGUGCUUGGCACAAGGGGGGGGAUAUGUGACGGGGUACUGCCCCGUCUUUAUGAUCAUGGUUGGGACUGGCAGGGAGGGGGUUAAAAUUCCUCCCUGCCAGGAAAACAUGUGAGAAUGUGGCUGGAGCCCUAAUUGACUAAUUAACAAUUAUUGAUUCAUUGGGCUCCAGCCACAGGGGAUAAAAGCCAGGGGAGAGGCCCUGGCUAGAGGGAGAGUUGGAGAGAGAGUUCUAGAAGAGAAGGAGUGUUUUGUUUGUGCUGUGUUUUCUGUUUUUGCAUCCAGUGAAGGCAACGCCCAGCCUGGAAGCUUAUUUUGUAAGUUUUGCUUUGUGUUUAUUUUAUGUUUAAAACCUUUUUGUUUGGCCCUUGUGCCGGUUUAUUUUGUAUUUGUGUUUAUUAAAAAGCUUUAUUUUGAACUUAAAA